AUGCACUGCCAAUCUCUAUAUUCCUUCUCUGUUUCUCCGUUUAACGCUUCGGAGAGCCGUUUUUAUGGUGCUUCGUCGGCUGUGCAGCUGUUUCGGAGGAAUGUGGCUGGCUAUGGCGGUUUCAUGAUUAAAGCUUCGAGGGAGGCCAAUAAUAGAGCCAUCUCGGACAUCGUCUUCGAGCCUUUCGAAGAAGUGAAGAAGGAGCUCCUUCACGUCCCCAAUGUCCCUCAGGCAUCGCUCGCUCGUCAGAAGUAUACCGAUCACUGCGAGUUCGCCAUCAAUGAACAGAUCAAUGUGGAGUACAAUGUCUCCUAUGUUUACCAGGCCAUGUACGCCUACUUUGACCGUGACAAUAUUGCUUCUUAUUGUUUGGUUGCUAAUAGUUUUUUCAAGGAAUCAAGUGAAGAAGAAAGGCAGCAUGCUGAGAAAUUGAUGGAAUACCAGAAUAAACGAGGCGGGAAAGUCAAGUUACAAUCUAUGCUGAUGCCUGUAUCUGAAUUUGAUCACAUUGAGAAGGGUGAUGCACUCUAUGCAAUGGAGCUUGCCUUGUCCCUGGAGAAGUUAACGAAUGAGAAACUCCUGAAUUUACAUAGGGUAGCAGAUCAAAAUAAUGACGUGCAAUUAGCAGAUUUUGUUGAAAGUGAAUUCUUGGCUGAGCAGUUGGAAGCCAUCAAGAAGCUGUCAGAAUACGUUGCUCAGCUGCGGAGAGUGGCCAAAGGCCAUGGUGUUUGGCAUUUUGAUCAGAUGCUCCUCACCAAUGGGGUCGCUGCAUGA